AUGGUUUAUGCAGUCAAUGACAGUAAAGGAAGAUACCAACUGUGGAAAGAUCUUGUGCAAUUAUCAAAAGGUACGAAUUUCCCUUGGAUCGUUGGAGGGGACUUUAAUUCGGUAUUGAGUACUCAGGAAAGGCUUCAAUACCGGGAUAAUGCCAAUGAGAUGAUUCCAUUUCAGAAUAGUGUAGUAGAUUGUGAUUUAGAAGAUAUCAAAUUCAAUGGAAACUUCUUCACUUGGAAUAAUAAACAAGAAGGCAAAGAUCGGGUUUAUGCAAAAUUGGACAGAUUUUUAGCAAAUCAUAAGUGGAUGGACAAAUAUACUACAGCUGAGGUCACUUUCUUCCUUGAAGGUGAGUUUGAUCAUUCUCCUGGCCUCCUUUCUAUUUACCCGAAUAUGCAAAAUAGUAAAAAGCCUUCUAGGUACUUUAAUUUUUGGAAGAACUUGGAAGGUUUUAUUGAUACUGUGAAUAAGAAUUGGAAGGUGAGGACAAUUAGUAAUCCUAUGUUUUGUCUUGUUUCUCACCUGAAGAAGCUCAAAUCUUGUUUAAAAGUGUUGAAUAGACAAGGCAAGAGAAAUGUUGAGAUUCAAGAACAUGAAAGCUAUCAACAUAUGAUAAAGAUUCAACAAAGCUUGCAGCAAAACCCUGGAAAUGCAGAAACCAGAGUUCACAAGAGAAUUUUUCAAGAAGGGCCAAUGGUGACUCAAAGACAAGCUGAUUGGUUAUUGCAAGAUUAUACUAAAGAAGAGGUGAAAGAUGCCCUGCACUCAAUUCCUGAUGAUAAAGCACUGGGACCAAAUGGAAGAUUACUUAAAGAGAUAAAUGCUACAAUAGUGACUUUGAUUCCUAAAUCGGUAUGCCCGGAAUCUAUGAGUGAUUAUAGACCCAUUGCUUGCUGCAAUGUGAUUUAUAAAAUAGCUUCUAAAAUGAUUUGCAAGAGAUUAGAGGAAGUUCUUACAGGAAUCAUUUCAGAGAAUCGAUGUGGUUUUGUUAAAGGAAAAAAAAUUGCACAUAAUAUUAUGAUUUGUCAAGACAUGGUUUGGGGAGAUAUGAUAGAAGAAGUGCAAAGUCAGCUUGUUUGUUCAAGAUUGACCUUCAAAAAGCUUAUGAUAUGCUUGCUGGGAAUUUCUUAG